AUGCCACAAAAUCAUAUUUCUUGUCUGUUACAUUUCAAUGGUAAUAUUUUUACCGAUGAAAUUAUUGGAGUGGUAUUUCAAAAUACAGAUACACAUAUUUUAAAUAUUCAUCGAAAUAGUGAUUUAGCUCAGUUGACGGAAAAAAUAGAAGAAACUUUACGACAACAUGUAACUUCUAUUUUUUAUCAAUUUCCAAUAGUUAAUCCAGUUGAUCACAAUGUCACAUACAACACUGCAAAAAUCGAAGACGAUGAGGAUGUUCGUUCAAUGCUUCAAUGCCACUCAAGGUUUUGCAGUCAACAAGCAAUGGAGUUUUAUAUUUGUUUUCAACAAAUGCAUGAAGUAUUUCCAACACAAUCAUCACAAACUCAUGCAUAUCAACAAAGUCAGGUCUCCCAACAAGAAGAGUCUGUCCAAGCACAACAUAACGAGCCAAUAUUUCCAGAAGAGGAAGUGGGUGAUGAUACUGAAUCCGACGAUGCCAGACAAAUUAAUUUGUUUAGUGGGUCCAGUGACGAGUCAGGUGACGAUGACAGACUGGAGGCAGAACCGGCUCCUAUACUUGAUUUGUACAACCCACCCUAUCACUUAAGAAAUGUUUCAUUUGAAUGUGUGGAACCAAUUUCAGUCUUCGAACCCGUACACGAACGUGAGUCACGUGAUGACUUAAAGUUGUUAACAUGGGGUAUGCAAUUAAUGAGUCUACCUACACAUAUUAUCGGGAGGAGAUCCGCCAAACAAACACAGAGGCUUUUAAUUGGAUAG